AAGUUGUCUUGUCUCGGUUCAUUUUCUCAACUCUUAGUUUCUCUCGUCUCGUCAUUAUCUCAAAAAAUUCGCGUGAUUUUGUUUUUUGGUUUUUUCAAAUCCACUGCCUUUCUUAUGGGACGGCUAUAUAAACCCUCCGGAUGACGCUGAAUGCAUCAUCGGAAAACAGACCGAGUGCUUAAAACGAAAGCUCUUUCUUUUCCCUCAAUUUGUUGUUUAUUUUUGUAUUUUUCUUGUUACGUCUAUCAAUGGCGUUUAAGAGGACGUUGGCCGAUCGGCUUUUCAGCCUUUCGAGAAUCUCAACGCAGGCGUUGAGGAAUUUCGGCAUUUCGUCCACAUCAGCAACCACGCGAAUUUAUCAAACAGCAGCGAAAUCUGACAUUGCUCAGGAUCCCGGAGAUAGUGGAAUCUUCCGGAGGUUUCUCCACAAGAGAGCCAUUCUUCAAAUAUCGCGGAUUGGAGGGGAGAGUCUGGUUGAGAAAUUGAAAACCAUCGACAUUGCCAAAGAUAGGAUAAGACUCGACGGUUUGAGUCCGCCGCCGAGUUUGGAGACGGAGAAGGAGGAUAAGUUGUCUGUGAAGGACGUUAGGAAGGUUGUUAAAGCGUUUCAGAUGGAAGUCAUGAAAGAGAAACUGAGAACGAUCAAGAAGCCUUGGAUACCGUAUUCGGAGUUUGUUCGUGUCUGCGAAGAGGCCGUUUCGGAUCCGAAUGAGGGAUUGCAGCUUGCAAAAUUGCUUGACGAAUCAGGAAACGUCAUCGUAUUGGGAAAUAUUGUAUAUCUUAGACCUGAACAGGUAGCUGAAGCAAUUGAGGGUCUAGUUCAUCUAUCAGAGGCCAACCCAAAUGACCCAAGAAGAAAGGAACUUGAAGAGUUGCAGAAGCAGAAAGCCGCAAUAGACCAAAAAGCAGACUCCCUGGUUCGCCGUGAACUGUGGCUGGGACUUGCCUACUUGGUAGUCCAAACAACAGCAUUCAUGAGGCUCACAUUUUGGGAACUCACAUGGGAUGUGAUGGAGCCUAUUUGUUUCUACGUUACUUCCAUCUACUUCAUGGGUGGCUAUGCAUUCUUUCUCAGAACAUCCAAAGAGCCUUCCUUUGAAGGCUUUUACCAGAGCCGGUUCACCGCCAAGCAGAAAAAACUAUUCAAGCUUCAUAACUUUGAUGUUGAAAGGUACAAUGAGCUGCAAAAAAUUUUCCAUCCGCAGUCACCAUCUUCAGUACAAGCCUCAUUUGAACACCAGAAGAUGAGGUGAAAAAAAAAGGCCUAGACAUAAAGAACUGACAAUUUUGUUUAACCCAUACGUAUAAUAACUUGUGGGUGCGGCUGUGUGUAACCCUAUUGCUGAGUUUUCUUUUCCCUUUUUUCUGAAAAUUUGACAUUUAUGGACUUAUGACAUUUCUAGGGUUAUCAAUUUACAUUCAUAAUUAACUCA